AUGGCGGCAUGGAUGCACCAACCAACGUACUUCCCUCCGGUCGACCCCGAUGAUGCUCGGGACGGACCGAUUACAAUUUCAGCUGUUGUCGCCGGACAUCUGGUUCGACGAAUUUAUGUGGACGGAGGAAGCGCUUUUGAGAUCAUGUAUAUCCAAUGCUUCCAGCAGUUGAAUCCCCAAACAAAAAGGAAGUUGAUCGAAGUAUCUACCCCCUUGAUAAGUUUCUCAGGAGAGGUAGUCCGUCCGAUUGGACAGAUUACUCUCCCGACCACAUUCAAAGACGGUAGCAAAAGUAGAACAGUACCGCUAACUUUCUUAGUCGUUCGAACUCAUUCUUCACACAACAUAAUACUUGGACGACCCGGGUUGCGAGCUCUCGGAGCAAUCAGCUCGACAAUACACGGAGCUAUUAAAUUCCCUACCGAGGCCGGAGUUGCCACUAUAUGCUCAGAGUCGAAUUCGCUUGUCGCCGAAGUGAGACACGCUGCGGAAACGAGCUCCAAAAAGUCCGAAGUACCUACGGAACUUUGGGCAAUCAACCCGGAUUUCCCCGAACAACAAGUAGCCAUUGGCGCCCAGCUCUCAAAACGAACAAAGAAGCUUUUAUGGGAGUUGUUAAGUAACUCGAUAGACGUCUUUGCAUGGAAGCACUCCGAUAUGCAGGGAGUCCCUAGAUCUAUGGCACAACAUCACCUGAAUGUAAAAGAAUCCAUCAAACCAAUAGCACAAAGGAAAAGGCACAUGGCGCCGGAUCGAGCCAAAGCCAUUGCAAAAGAUGUUAAAAGCCUCCUAGACGCAGGAAUCAUUCGAGAGGUUCGGUAUCAAACAUGGGUAUCAAACCCCGUCAUGGUACGGAAGAAAGAUAAUUCAUGGAGAAUGUGCAUCGAUUUCACCGAUUUAAACAAUGCGUGCCCAAAAGAUUGUUUUCCUCUACCGGAGAUUGACGAGAAGAUUGACUCCGUCGCUACGUUCAGGUUAAAGUGUUUUUUGGAUGCUUACAAGGGAUAUCAUCAAAUACAAAUGGCGGUCGAAGAUGAGGAUAAGACGGCCUUUGUCACCAAUGAAGGAGUGUAUUGCUUUACUAAAAUGCCGUUCGGUUUGAAAAACGCCGGUGCUACGUAUCAGCGUUUGAUGAACAAAGCUUUUAAGGAUCAGAUCGAGCGAAACGUAGAAGUAUACGUUGAUGACAUCGUGAUCAAAAGUCACGAUGAGGCCGCCAUGCUAAAAGACAUACUCGAAACGUUUACCCGACUCCGAAGCAUCAACAUGAAGCUGAAUCCAAAAAAAUGUACGUUCGGGGUAGAGGAAGGUAAAUUUCUGGGAGUCAUGGUCGGAUCAAAAGGCUUACGAGCCAACCCCGACAAGAUUGAUGCUGUUCUCACAAUGAAGCCUCCGACGUCGGUUAAAGAAAUUCAGUCCUUAAACGGGCGAUUGGCUGCCCUCCAUCGGUUCUUGUCAAAAGCAGCAGACCGAUCGCUCCCGUUCAUGGAUGUUCUGAGAAAAAGCUUUAGAUCGGAGUCCAAAAGGACGGAAGAGGCCGCACGAGCUUUCGAAGAGCUUAAAACCUGUUUGGGCACCUUGCCAACUCUCACCGUACCAGAAGAAGAUGAGGUGUUAAUGGUAUACUUAGCCGCAUCGUUCGGAGCCAUCAGUGCAGUGUUAGUCGCUCACCGAACUGGAAAACAAAUCCCCAUUUAUUACGUAAGCCGAACGUUAAAAGAUUACGAAACAAGAUAUUCAAACUUGGAAAAAUUAGCCUUGGCUCUGGUCCAUGCUUCAAGAAGACUUCGCCGAUACUUUCAGGCCCAUCCAAUUGAGGUACGAACAGACCAAAGAAUCCAACACGUUCUCCGACGACCUGAGGUCUCGGGUCGAAUGGCAAAAUGGGCGAUUGAAUUGGGCGCAUUCAACAUCACCUUCCGAACUAAAGGUCCGUUGAAAGGACAAGUAAUAGCAGAUUUUUUGGUCGAAAUACCGGAGGAGAAAGGAACUGAAGAGGUAGAAAAAGCUCCAGAAAAGCCGUGGUCCUUGUAUACCGACGGCGCUUCUAGUGCCGAAGGAGCAGGAGCGGGCCUAAUUCUCACCGAUCCAGACGGAACGGAUAUAACGUAUGCACUCCGGCUAGAAUUCAAGAGUUCAAAUAACGAAGCUGAGUAUGAAGCCCUCCUAGCUGGCCUACGCCUAGCGCAGAGAGUCGGAGCAAAAAAUGUUAUAGCCCAUGUGGAUUCGCUGCUUGUAGCAAAUCAGGUAAACGGAGAAUAUGAGGCGAGGGAAGCAAACAUGGUCGAAUAUCUUGAACAGGUAAAGCAGGCGAUGGCAUCAUUCGAAGCAUGUAGGGUCGAGCAUAUCCCCCGUAGCAAGAACAAGAAGGCGGAUGCGUUGAGCAAGUUGGCAUCGGUAUCAUUCAGUCACCUAGCCAAAGAAGUGAGAGUCGAAGUUCUAGCUACACCUUCAAUCGCAGCUCCGCAACUAAUGCAGGUCGAGGCACCAUCACAAACAUGGAUGACGCCAAUAAUUAACUAUUUGGUGCAUGACGUUUUGCCGGUCGAUAAAGCGGAAGCAAGAAAGAUCCAAGUCAACUCCCUCCAGUAUCAGAUGCAGGAAGGAGGCUUAUACCGAAAGACCUUUCUCGGACCACUGCUAAAGUGUCUGGACCCGGAGCAAGCUAGCUAUAUCAUCAGGGAAAUACACUACGGCAUCUGUGGUAUCCAUGCCGGACCUAAGAUGAUCAUGACAAAAGUCAAAAACGCAGGGUAUUACUGGCCCGGGAUGCAUGAAAGCGCCGUGAAAGAGCUCCAACAGUGUGACGAAUGCCAAAGGCAUGCACCAACCAGCCUUCGAGCCAAAAACGAAAUGAUACCAGUAACCGCUGCAUGGCCCUUCCAAAAGUGGGGCGUUGAUAUCGUCGGACCUUUUCCAAGAUCAAGCGGAAGCGCUCAAUAUCUGUUAGUCGCGGUGGAUUAUUUCACCAAGUGGGUGGAAGCUCGACCGUUUACAAUCAUCUCCGGCUACAAUGUGACACGAUUCUUCUGGGAACAAAUAGUAUGCCGAUUCGGUCUUCCACUCUACAUCAUAAGUGACAAUGCAAAGAAGUUUGCAGAGAACCCCUUCAAGCGAUGGCUAGGUUACGAGGGAAAAGGCUGGGCGGACGAGUUGCCAAAUGUCCUAUGGGCGCACCGAACACUGCACAAGACCAGCAACGGAGAAACACCGUUUAGUCUUACCUACGGUACUGAAGCAGUGAUUCCCGCCGAGAUCGGACUCCCAAAUCAGAGGUGCAAGAAUUGGGAGGAAAAUGAACGUGAACUCCGGUCCAACCUUGACCUGUUAGAAGAGCGCCGGAACAUUGCGGCAAUCAAGGAGGCCCGGUACAAGAAGAAGAUUGAAAAAUACUAUAAUGCUCGGGCUAAGUUCUACAAGUUCAAGGUCGGAGAUUAUGUGCUCCGAAACAACGAUGCGAGCCGCAUCGAGGCUCCCGGCAAGCUAGCCCCAAAAUGGGAGGGACCGUACCGAGUUAAAGAAGCUAGCGAUAAGGGCUCGUAUAUGUUGGAAAAAAUUGAUGGAACGCCAGUACCCCGGACGUGGAACGGGGUGCAUUUAAAGAAAUGUUUCAUGUAA